AAAAAAAAGUAAAAAAUAAAAGAGGUAAUGACCAAUUCGGUACCCGAAAGAUUCAAACGCUGACAUUUUGGUACCCAACUAUUGAUAUUGACAAAAAGGUACCUGAAUGAUUUAAAAUUUUGCCAAGCGUGUCCAAGAGCUUGCCGGAACAUAUCUCCGGUGAGUACGAUGCUUACGUGGUGGCCCGUUUUUGCUGACAAGGUUAGUGUUAUGUUAGAUGGAAUUUCUAAUUUUAAUUAUUCUUAUCCUACUUGGAAAAUAAACUAAACCUAAGUUGAACAUUAGUUUUGCCCCAAAUUAAUUUUGCCCUAAAAUCCAAUUUUGCUCUCCUCGCUCUCUCGUAGAGCACGAUCCCAAUAUGGAAGAUGCAAGCAGCUAGGGCUCGUGGAAAAGGUGGAAUCGUGAGAAAGCACUCAUCCAUAGCCUUCGACGUUGAUGGUGGUUCUGGAGUUGGUAGUAAAAUCUACGAUGGGUGUUGCUUUUGUCCCCUUCCGGUGGUUCCGUUGAAGUCGAAGACAAGUAGCAACCCUGAUAGAUGGUUUCUACGUUGCCCUCUGUGGAAGAACACACAAAGACGUUGUGGGUAUUUUCAAUGGUUGGAUGAAAUUGAAGAGCAAUGUGUGGAAGGAGAAGUUUCUUCGGAGAAUAGCAACAUGGUGGGCAUAGCAGACCCAAAAAAGAAAAGCAGAAUCAACCAGAAGGGUAGUGAUGGACGGGAAAGGGAUAGGAUGAUGAUGGUGCUUCCUAUGGUUAAUGACAUGAAGGAGAAACUGAAGAUGGUUGAGUUCUUGUUGAUUGUUAUCUGUGAUGGGGUGGGCAUGAAGCCUGUGAACCUGCUCUGUGUGGCUGGGCUUGCUGCUGCCAUGGUUUCCCUAGUCACAGUUGGUGGCCUAGAGGAUGCUGAAUAUUGGGCUUGCAGAGUAGGCCUACCCAAAGGACCUUGUGACAUUGACCCAGGCCCAGUACUUGAUCUUGCAGCAUUGGUUGGUGUGGCUGGGAUCUGA